AUGAACUCACUACCUUUGCUCCUCGCUGCUGCUUUUGUAGGCUUCCUAUAUGUGUUUCUUACCAAAGGCCGGAGAGAGAAAGGUCUCCCUUCUGGACCUCCCACCCUACCAAUCUUGGGAAACCUUCACCAAAUCCCGGUAAAAGGAUCUUACCUAAAAUUCACAGAAUGGGCCUCCCAGUACGGCGGCCUGUACUCGCUCAAACUCGGCACCGGAACAGCGAUCGUCAUCACCGACCCCCGUCUCGUCAAGGAGGUCAUUGACCGCAAGAGCUCCAAAUACAGCAACCGGCCUGAUUCGUUUGUUGCGCAUACCAUCACAGGUGGCUCGCAUCUGCUUGUGAUGCAGUACGGCCCGCUCUGGCGUACGAUGCGGAAGCUGGUUCACCAGCACUUUAUGGAGACAGCGGUGGAGAAGAGUCAUAUACACGUUCAGAAUGCGGAAGCGGUCCAGAUGCUGAGGGACUUUUGUGUGAGGCCGGAUCAGCAUAUGUUGCAUCCGAAGAGGUACAGUAACAGUAUUAUCAUGAGUCUGGUGUACGGGGUUCGAACGCCUUCGGUUCACACGGCCCAUAUGACGCAGUUGUAUGAGAUGAUGGGAUGCAGACUGACCAUGCGCCCAUCUUCCUUCCAGGAGCGAUGGUCCAAGGUAAUGGAACCAGGCAACACGCCCCCUGUCGACAUUUACUCCUUUCUCCACUACAUCCCCCAGAAAGUCUUUGGCAACUGGCUCUCGCGCGCAAAGGGGGUCCGGGAUGAAAUGUGCCAGCUUUACGGGCAGUACCUGGACCUUGUGGACUCGCGGCGCAAAAAGGUUGGCAGCACGGGCUCGUUCAUGGAUACGGUGCUUGACCAGAAUGAGAAGCUCGGCCUCACGCGCCAUCAGCUCUAUUUCCUCGGCGGUGUCCUCAUGGAGGGUGGCUCUGACACGUCGAGUUCGAUCAUUCUGGCGUUCAUUCACGCCAUGACAAAGUGGCCUCAGGUUCUGAAGAAGGCGCAGGCUGAGAUAGAUAGUGUCGUAGGCGAAGACAGAACGCCAGUCUGGUCAGACUAUGGCUCGCUGCCCUAUGUUGCGGCUACAGUCAAGGAGGCCAUGAGAUGGAGACCUGCUGUCCCGUUGGCGUUCCCGCAUGCAGCUGCUGAAGAUGACUGGGUUGACGGCCAUUUCAUACCCAAAGGCAGCACGGUCAUCAUCAGUGGCUGGGGCAUGCACCACAACGAAGCCCGGUUCGGCAAUCCUUCAGUCUUCGAUCCAGACCACUACAAGGGUCAGACGGCCCUUGCGCCUGAAUUAGCUAAUGCUUCUGAUUACACUGCGCGCGACCACUAUGGUUACGGCACCGGACGCCGCAUCUGCCCGGGCAUCCAUGUUGCCGAGCGGAACCUGUUUCUGGCCAUUUCGAAACUCAUUUGGGCCUUCUCUAUCGAGCCCGGAGUGGAUGAGAGUGGGAAACUGAUCGAGCCGGACUUGCAUCCAACGACCGGAUAUAGUGAAGGGUUUUUGGUCUGCGCAAAUGAUUUUCCAUGUCGGAUUAUGCCCCGAUCGGAGAGACGGCGCGAGACCAUCAUGAAAGAGUAUCAGAGGGCGCAAGAGGAGGUCUUUUCUCGAUUCGAGAAUAUCUCGUCUUGA